CGAACGGCCGCGGCAGCGACAGCUAUCGCUUCAGAGGAAGCGUCUGCGGAGGAGGAAGAAGAGCAGGGCAAGGCGGGAGUCACAGGCGGGACCCUCGCCAUGGGUCCGCGGACCUAGAGCGGCGGAAGCUACCGGCCCGGUGCCGAGCUGGCUGCUGCUCCUUCCUGUGGCCCCCAUGGCUGAGGACUGGCUGGACUGCCCAGCCUUGGGCCCCGGCUGGAAGCGCCGUGAGGUCUUUCGAAAGUCAGGUGCCACGUGUGGACGCUCAGACACCUAUUACCAGAGCCCCACAGGAGACAGGAUCCGAAGCAAAGUUGAGCUGACCCGAUACCUGGGCCCUGCGUGCGACCUUACCCUCUUCGACUUCAAACAAGGCAUUCUGUGCUAUCCAGCCCCCAAGGCCCAACCCUUAGCUGUUCCUAGCAGCAAGCGGAAGAAGCCUUCACGGCCAGCCAAGACUCGAAAACGUCAGGUUGGACCCCAAAAGGGUGAGGUCAGAAAGGAGGCCCCAGGAGAUGAGACCAAGGCUAAUACUGACACAGCCCCAGCUUCACUCCCUGCACCUGGGUGCUGUGAGAACUGUGGAAUCAGUUUCUCAGGAGAUGGUACCCGAAGGCAGCGGCUCAAGACAUUAUGUAAGGACUGCCGAGCGCAGAGAAUUGCUUUCAACCGGGAGCAGAGGAUGUUUAAGCGUGUGGGCUGCGGGGAGUGCGAGGCCUGCCGGGUAACCGAGGACUGCGGGGCCUGCUCCACCUGCCUUCUUCAGCUGCCCCAUGAUGUGGCUUCGGGGCUGUUCUGCAAGUGUGAGCGGAGACGGUGCCUCCGGAUUGUGGAAAGGAGCCGAGGGUGUGGAGUGUGCCGGGGCUGUCAGACCCGAGAGGACUGUGGCCGUUGCCGAGUCUGCCUUCGCCCUCCUCGCCCUGGUCUCAGGCGCCAGUGGAAGUGUGUCCAGCGGCGCUGCCUACGGCACCUUGCCCACCGUCUCCGUCGCCACCAUCAGCGAUGUCAACGACGCCCUCCCCUAGCUGUGGCUCCCCCUGCUGGUAAACGUAGCCGCCGCAGAGGAGGCUGCGACUCCAAGAUGGCUGCCCGGCGGCGUCCCCCCCGAACCCAGCCAUUGCCUCCAGUUCCCCCGUCACAGCCUCCAGAGUCUCCAGAGCUGCACCCCAGAGCCCUGGUCCCCUCGCCACCUGCCGAAUUCAUCUAUUACUGUGUAGACAAGGACAAGCUACAGCCUUACACCAAUCGCCGGCAGAACCGAAAGUGUGGGGCCUGUGCAGCUUGCCUACGGCGGAUGGACUGUGGUCACUGCGACUUCUGCUGUGAUAAACCUAAAUUUGGGGGCAACAACCAAAAGCGCCAGAAGUGUCGUUGGCGCCAGUGCCUGCAGUUUGCCAUGAAGCGGCUGCUGCCUAGCGUCUGGGCAGGAUCUGAGGAUGGGGCAGGGCCACCGCCUCACUCUCGUCGGAAGAGACCUGGCUCUACCCGAAGGCCUCGUCUGGGUCAGAUAUCGAAGACCUCCUUGACUGCACCUACGGCCCGACCAGGCCAUGCCCAGACUCCAAUGAAACAAGAAACAGGCAGUGGCUUUGUGCUGCCUCCACCUGGCACUGACCUUGUGUUCUUACGGGAAGGUGCAAGCAGUCCCGUGCAGGUCCCUGGCCCUGCUGCAGCUUCCACAGAAGCCCUGUUGCAGGAGGCCCAGUGCCCUCGCCUGAGUUGGGUUGUGGCCUUACCCCAGGUGAAGCAAGAGAAGGCGGAUGCCCAGGAAGACUGGACACGGGGCACAGCCAUCCUGACUUCUCCUGUAUUGCUGCCUGGCUGCCCCAGCAAGGCAGUGGACCCAGACUUGCUGCCUGUGAAGCAAGAGCCACUGGACCCUGAGGAGGACAAGGAAGAAGAGAGCAAGGAUGACUCUGCCUCUGAUUCGGCCCCAGAGGAGGAGGCAGGAGGGGCUGGCACACCCGUGAUCACGGAGAUUUUCAGCCUGGGUGGAACCCGCCUCCGGGACACAGCAGUCUGGUUGCCAAGUCUGCAGGGCAGGCAAUCGGGAAGGGAAGAUGGAUGUAAAGUGUGGGAGACGGAGGACACUUUGGCGCGCAGGAGCAGGAGCACGAGCACGAGCACGAGCUGGAACCGGCGAGGAUGGCCUAGAACCCGUGUCAGUCUCUCACCACCUCCAACUUCGAUAAUGUGGGUGUCCUGCAGAAGAAGCUGGUGCCCUUCAUCACAGAGUUAAAUACUCAUCUGACCCAGGAAUUAGAGACGCUGAAGGAAGAUCCCAGGGAAAGUGGAGCAGCUGCAGGCCUGGCUGCAGGCCUGACUGCUGCCCCACACCAACGAGGUGAGCCAGCAGAUAAGUGACACCAUGUGUGAACUGCAACAGUGCCUGGUGCCACGCACCAACCUUCUGAGUAUAAAAACGGUGUGCUGCUGCUUGACUUCUGCCCUCCAGUUACCAUGCAAAAUGUCUCUUGUGACCCAUCUUAACCGGAAGCAUACGGGGAAGGGAGUUCUGGGAAACGUAGCCUAGUCAAGGUGACACAUUACAAAGCCACCCUGCCAUGAAUCAGCUCCCAAGGGUCUCACUGCUCACCUGAGGAUAACUCGAUAAAGCUACGUUGCUGAAAAUACAAAGCUGAAGACCAUGGAUUUCAUGGUGACCCCAGCAAGUACAGAAAUUCUGUCAAGCCCACCCAGAAAAAGCUUGCUGGUCUCGGCUAUUUUUGUAUCAUUCAGUCAAGUAUUGAGAACUUGGCCCAUGGUAGGCACUGUACUUGAUACUGGGAUACAGAAAUGAAAAAGAUAUAGUCCAUGCAAUUUUAUUAAAUACAUCAAUAUGUAUUACAAAUGGUGAAUGGAUAUCCAGCUUUAUCGUGGAACUUAAUGGUGAAAAUCUAGAAUUCAGGAAACUGUCAGGAGGACAGCCCUUGUGUGAACCUUGUUGGGGCACAAUAGGAAUUGGAAAUAAUAUAAAUAGUUUCUAUCUCUGAGCUGUUCUAUUUUAAAAUUAUUUUAAAAUUA